AUGGUUUCCAUCUCAGAAGUUAGGGCAUCAAACGCCCGAAUCGCAGCAAAUACGGCUCCCCGGACGGCCGUGUUUACCGGAGCGACCGAUGGAAUAGGAAAAGCGACCCUCACCCGCCUUAUUUCUACAAAAUUGCCCGUUAGGAUUUAUGUCAUCGGCCGUAAUGGCGAGAAGCAUAAGGCCUUUCUGGAUAGGCUUCGGGAAUCUAACAAGCAGGCACAUAUCAUCUGGCUCGAAGGUCAAAUCUCUCUUCUCGCGGAAACCAAGAGGCUUUGUGACGAAAUCAAGGCACGCGAGACGUACAUUGACUCCUUGUACAUGAGCGCGGGAUUCAUUACAUCCGGAGACCGGGUCGAAACGCCCGAGGGCAACGGACUCUCCCAGUCCUUGACCUAUUAUAGUCGAAUGUUGAUGAUGGUCCAUCUCCUGCCAUUGCUCAACGCGUCGUCGAAUAGCCCGCGCGUUGUCAGUAUUCUCGCCGCGGGAAACGAGACAUCCUCUAUCUACCUCGACGAUCUCGACCUUAAGAAGCCUGGCCAUUUUGGUCCCGCUUCUCUCUCCAGGUCAUCAUCGACAUACACUACGUUGUCCAUGUCGAGACUAGCCAAAGAAAACCCUCGCGUCGUUUUCAUUCACCACUAUCCGGGUGGUGUCGACACUGGCCUCUUUAAAAAGGCCUGGGGCGACAAGUGGUUCUGGCUGCUAUUGAGCCCAUUGCUCUCUACGUUCGGGACUUCGCCAGAGGACGCUGCAGAGAAGGUUCUGUAUAUGAUCACCAGCGCCAAGUAUGGUGGGAAGGGCGUUCCAUUGGCUGCGGGCCAGAGCCCAGGGCUGACCAUGGCAAAAACAAAGCAGCCAGGCUCGCUGUUUCUUAUCAACGACAAGCUCAAGGAGUUUGACCAAGAGAAGGUCAUGACGCAACUCAAGGCGAAAGAUGCAGGCGACAUUGUUUGGCGCAAAUUGGUAGAGACGAUCGGGCCGUAUUCUUAG